UUCCGUGUUUCGGGUGACGCACGUCCGCCCCCUCGGGUGAGCGGUUCUGCGACACCUCGUCUCGGAGGACUAAAGCAGACAGUCCCCUCCGUUUUCCCGGAGACCCCCGGCCUUCCCCCUUCCAGCCGCCACCAUGAACAAAAAGAAGAAGCCGUUCCUAGGAAUGCCCGCGCCUCUUGGCUACGUGCCGGGGCUGGGCCGCGGAGCUACUGGUUUCACCACCCGGUCAGAUAUUGGUCCUGCUCGGGAUGCCAAUGACCCAGUGGAUGAUCGACAUGCUCCACCAGGCAAGAGGACUGUAGGAGACCAGAUGAAGAAAAACCAGGCUGCAGAUGAUGAUGAUGAAGAUCUGAAUGACACUAACUAUGAUGAGUUUAAUGGUUAUGCGGGAAGUCUUUUUUCAAGUGGUCCUUAUGAAAAAGAUGAUGAGGAAGCAGAUGCUAUUUAUGCAGCAUUGGACAAAAGGAUGGAUGAAAGAAGAAAAGAAAGAAGGGAACAGAGGGAAAAAGAAGAAAUUGAAAAAUACCGUAUGGAACGUCCUAAAAUUCAGCAGCAGUUCUCUGAUCUGAAAAGAAAGUUGGCAGAAGUUACAGAAGAAGAGUGGCUAAGUAUUCCUGAAGUUGGUGAUGCUAGAAACAAACGCCAGCGGAAUCCACGAUAUGAGAAACUUACCCCUGUUCCUGACAGUUUUUUUGCUAAACAUUUACAGACUGGAGAGAACCACACUUCAGUAGAUCCCCGACAAACACAAUUUGGAGGUCUUAAUACACCUUAUCCAGGAGGAUUAAAUACUCCAUAUCCAGGUGGAAUGACGCCUGGGCUAAUGACACCUGGAACAGGUGAAUUGGAUAUGAGGAAGAUUGGCCAAGCCAGGAACACUUUGAUGGAUAUGCGAUUGAGCCAGGUCUCUGAUUCUGUGAGUGGGCAGACUGUGGUGGAUCCCAAGGGUUAUCUCACAGAUUUGAAUUCUAUGAUUCCCACACAUGGAGGAGAUAUCAAUGACAUUAAAAAAGCCCGUCUACUUCUAAAAUCUGUGAGAGAGACAAAUCCCCAUCAUCCUCCAGCAUGGAUUGCUUCAGCCCGCUUGGAAGAAGUCACUGGAAAAUUACAAGUAGCUAGAAACCUCAUUAUGAAAGGGACAGAAAUGUGUCCCAAGAGUGAAGAUGUAUGGCUGGAAGCAGCACGUCUACAGCCUGGUGAUACUGCCAAGGCUGUGGUUGCCCAAGCUGUUCGUCACCUCCCACAGUCUGUCCGGAUUUAUAUCAGAGCAGCAGAACUAGAAACAGACAUACGAGCAAAGAAGCGUGUUCUUAGGAAAGCUCUUGAACAUGUUCCAAACUCUGUUCGCUUGUGGAAGGCAGCUGUGGAGUUGGAAGAGCCAGAAGAUGCUAGAAUAAUGCUCAGCCGAGCUGUGGAAUGUUGCCCCACUAGUGUGGAGCUUUGGCUUGCUUUGGCAAGGCUGGAGACCUAUGAGAAUGCAAGAAAGGUCUUAAACAAAGCACGUGAGAACAUUCCCACAGAUCGGCAUAUCUGGAUUACUGCAGCAAAACUAGAGGAAGCUAAUGGAAAUACUCAGAUGGUGGAGAAAAUCAUUGACAGAGCCAUCACAUCACUUAGAGCAAAUGGUGUAGAAAUCAACAGAGAGCAGUGGAUCCAGGAUGCUGAGGAGUGUGAUAAAGCUGGGAGUGUGGCCACCUGCCAGGCUGUUAUGCGUGCAGUCAUUGGAAUUGGGAUUGAGGAAGAAGAUAGAAAACAUACCUGGAUGGAGGAUGCAGAUAGUUGUGUUGCCCACAAUGCACUGGAGUGUGCCCGAGCUAUUUAUGCCUAUGCCCUGCAAGUUUUCCCUAGCAAGAAGAGUGUGUGGUUGCGAGCUGCUUACUUUGAGAAGACCCAUGGGACCAGGGAAUCCCUUGAAGCACUCCUGCAGAGAGCAGUGGCCCACUGCCCAAAGGCUGAGGUGCUUUGGCUCAUGGGUGCCAAGUCCAAGUGGUUGGCGGGAGAUGUGCCUGCUGCAAGAAGCAUCUUGGCCUUGGCUUUCCAGGCCAACCCUAACAGUGAAGAUAUCUGGUUGGCUGCUGUGAAACUUGAGUCAGAAAACAAUGAAUAUGAACGGGCAAGGAGGCUGCUGGCCAAGGCUCGGAGUAGUGCUCCCACUGCAAGGGUGUUCAUGAAAUCUGUGAAGCUUGAAUGGGUGCUGGGGAACAUUGCAGCUGCUCAGGAUCUCUGUGAAGAAGCCUUGAAGCACUAUGAAGAUUUUCCCAAACUGUGGAUGAUGAAAGGGCAGAUUGAGGAGCAGGAGGAGCUGACCGAAAAAGCCCGGGAAGCCUAUAACCAGGGGUUGAAGAAGUGUCCCCACUCUACACCCCUAUGGCUUUUACUUUCAAGACUGGAGGAAAAGGUUGGACAGCUAACCAGAGCAAGAGCCAUCUUGGAGAAAUCUCGUUUGAAAAACCCAAAGAACCCUGAUUUGUGGUUAGAAUCUGUGAGAUUAGAAUAUCGAGCUGGACUAAAGAACAUUGCCAAUACACUCAUGGCAAAGGCACUCCAGGAAUGUCCCAACUCAGGCAUCCUGUGGUCAGAAGCAAUUUUCCUUGAGGCAAGACCCCAGAGGAAGACCAAGAGUGUAGAUGCCCUGAAGAAGUGUGAACAUGACCCCCAUGUCCUGCUAGCUGUGGCUAAACUGUUCUGGAGUGAACGGAAGAUCACCAAGGCCAGGGAGUGGUUCCACCGUACAGUAAAGAUUGACUCAGACCUGGGGGAUGCCUGGGCUUUCUUCUACAAAUUUGAAUUACAGCAUGGGACAGAGGAGCAGCAGGAGGAGGUCAAGAAGCGCUGUGAGAAUGUGGAGCCUCGCCAUGGGGAGCUGUGGUGUGAAGUGUCCAAGGACAUUGAGAACUGGCAGAAAAAGAUUGGAGAGAUCCUUGUGCUUGUAGCAGCCAAGAUUAAAAACACCUUCUAGCUGUUGCUCUAUCCAUUCCUGUCACUGCCCCUGGAGAAAGUAGUAUUGUCUUGCUAUCCAAGGUGCAGAAGGAGGGUGGUAAAGGAAGGCCUCCUAGUAGCUGUGCUGAAGAUGCUUUUCAGAUGAACUGUGCAUACCAUGAGCAGUGGUCUUUGAGACACUAGGAUUUUGAGUGCUGAUGUGCUGAACAAGCAAUCUCUUUAAGCGGGUUGGCUUGCUCUUUAAAUUUAAUUAAAUCUUUUUUUUUUUUAAAUCCAUGUGUCAGGUUUGGUAACCUAUCGUUUGUUAUUGGAUUGUUCUUUAACUGGCCUAUUUUGCUUCCAUUUCCAUUUUUGGGCUUGUCCAGCUCUGAGUUUUCUCCAAAGAAGUUUGUCAUAGACUAACAACUCAAGUUCACAGUAAGUAGGUAUGGACUGAGAAGUUGUCACUUAACAAGACUGUGGAGAACUCAGUGGAAGAAAAACAAACAAUGUUGCUAUGCUAUUUGAAUCUCUAAAUUGGGAAAAUUGGGUUUGGCUUUCUUAGCCAUCUUGUAUUCCUUACUUAGAAUUCAAUUCACUAUAAUUUACUUUACUACAAAGUACAGCCUGCAUGAGAGGGGUGUGUGUGUGUGUGUGUGUGUGUGUGUGUGAGAGAGAGAGAGGGAGAGAGAGGAGGAGGGAGGGAGAGAUGUUAUUUCCUUCAUUCAGCAAAUAUAAUGCAAAAUUUGAAGUUUUAAAGUAUAUUUCUUCAAAUAACUGUAAUAAAAAAUGGUUAGGUGUUCAUUGACUUGUGUGCAUGGGUUCUCCCCAGGGAUUAUAUGAGAAUACAAGUUUCUAGCUACAGUUCAAGCUAACAGUUCCCUGGGCCCCUCUGGAUCUGGAUCAUGAGCUGAUGCAGGGCUGAACAGAAGAAAAAGGGAAGCCAAGUCCUCUUCAUGUCUCCCUAUCACCUUUUUUGGAAAGUCUCAUCUGGUGCUGUCAGACAUGGCCUGUUUUGGGUAUAUAUUCUUGGCUCAUCAGCAAGAGGCUCUUUUCAUUUUUUACAGGCGAUUUUUUUUUACUUGUAAUCAGCAUUUAUCCAGCAAAAAUACCUUAUCCUCAUUGCUGAACACACAAAAUAGUUACCUGAGAGAAUUGAAUCUUUUCCAUAUAUAUGUUGUAAUGAUAGACAGCCAUUCUUUCUGGAGGAAAGGAAAGGAGUACUGGUUUUGGACAUUUGGAGGGAUGACUUCUUUAUCUUACUAGCUAUGCAGAAAGUACAUAGGCAUUGAAAUGAACCAGUUAUGUGACUAUUUUGUGUUUCUGUAUAAAACUUUGUUCUAAUGACAUUGAAAAAUACAGACUUUCAAGUUUAGGGGAAUGUAGAGAUAUGACCUAAUUUAGGAUUGAGAAUGUCAUCUUAAUUUUACAUUUCUUAGUUUACCAGAAUACUAAAGCUGGUGGAAAAGUCAUGUUAUCUUGCUUGCAGUAUCUUAAAUUUACCAAGAGAGUUUUCUGAUGGUUAUGAUAAAGAAAGGAAAGACUAAGAGAUGUAAAUUUGAUUUUGCACCCGGUGGCAGGUCGGUAGGGAAAUUGCUAACCACACAUUUUCCUGAGAAAUGAGGAUUCCUUCCUGGGGAAACUUUGUGUGUGAGGAAGGUACUGCCUAUGAUAGUAUUUUCUAAAGGCCUUAUUAGCAAAACCUGAAGGAUGUGAUUACAAAUGAUGGCUCACUGGUUUUCCAACCUUCUUAACUCUACAAAAAUAAAACCCCAAACUUCACUAUUUUCCAUGGAAAAGUAAUCUGUCUCUUUCUUCAAGGAUGAAUUGAAUGUGAGUGAUGAUCACUUUUCAACAAACAUUCAUUAAACUUUUAGUAUAUGAGGCACUGCUCUAGACAUUGAGGCCCUAAUCUAUAUGCAUGAUGUUAUGUAUGGAAAUCUAAAAGCCAGUUUAAUUACCAGCUUUUUACUGGUCUACAUUGUGUUGCCUUUGGGGAGAUGGGUAAGGAAAAUACAUUGUUAUAGAAAAUAUACAGAAAGCUUCUUAUGAGAUUUUGUCUAGAAAACUUUUGAGUGGCAAAAAUAAUAUAUGUGACCAAAGACCUUGUUGAUUAUGUAGAUAUAGCUCCAGGAAUGAGCUUGAUGUUUUUCAUUUCAGUUGCCUACAGAGAGAGAGCAUAGGAGUAAGGUUAGGAUACCCACAUCUCUUGGAUAGUCUAAGUGCUUUGCAAUUCUUUCCUUCCAAUGUUGAGCUGAUUUAAUCCAUGAUGAUUUAAUGUGUAGGGAGUGAUAGUAUAGACUUCCAGAUUUCACUUAUGUUUUAAUUUCAUUUAGAAAUAUCCCUUCCUCUCUGGAGGCCUUGUGUAUACACACCACCACAUUAAGUGAUUAUAGAGAUAAAUUUACAGAAACAAAGAAAUCCAUAGUUGAGGGGAACACCUCCUGUUUCCUCAGGUGGUGACCCACAGCAGGGCACUUGGUGAGAAAAUUAUUCAGAUCUGUUCCCCACUGCAACAUGGUUCAUUUAAGAUGUGUCCUGUGUAUCUCUCCCCUAUCCCCCAAUCACAUUUGAAUUUCCUCUUUGGUAUUUAGUGCUGUUUUUACAAAAAAAGAUUGCGACAGCUAUACUACCUACACUAUUCUG